UGGAGGAAAUGAGCCGUUAAAUAGAAAUAAAACUUUCUUCUAUUGCUGUACUUUUGAUAUAUUACAAUAGAUCAAUCAGAUGAGUUAAAGAAGUGUAAUAUAAGCAUGUGAGAAAGUGAAAUCGUGCAAUAAAUAUAUAGAGAGGAAAGGAAAGGAAGCAAUACAAGGAAAUCAGUGCAAGAUUUGGCAUUUCAAGGAUAGAAAUCCGCUGCUCUGGUUAAUUUCCCGUACGUGUUGUGAAAAAUAUUAGAAAUCUACUUCACCGCCCCUUGCCCACCCUUUCUUCAUAAGGCUGAGAGUUGGGAAGUCAAGAACAAUAUGACCACCAUCAGCUAUGAAGAAUUCAAAACAGCAUGCUUGGAAUUUCUAGAAUUGUCCAGUAAGAUUGGGGACCCCUGGAAACUGAGGAGUGAUGUUCAAGACAAAGAUGGGCUGUGCAUCCACAAGGUCCAGCACAUCAAGAGGAAGUCUUUGGAGGAACAUGAGAACAAGACCACAUGCAAGGGUGAUAGGCAGCUUGAGGAGGAGGAGGAGGAGGAGUCCUCAGACCCAGCAAUGAUGGAGACAUACAACACCACACACUUCACCACCUAUGAUUACCACAUUGUGUACAGCUUGAGUCACUCUGUCCCAGUGCUGUACUUCAAUGCCUGGCACUCGUCGGGGCAACUGCUGACCCUGGAUGAGGUAUGGGAGGGGGUGGAUGUCACCCACAGGGAACAGAUCCUCAGCAAUAAGUGGGGCGCCUUGACACAGGCUGAACACCCUCUGCUGGGCAGGCCUUACUUCCAUCUGCACCCAUGCAACACUGCCAAGCUGAUAGCCCAGGUGCUCCCUCAGCCACCCUGUGGUACUGCUGCCCUCAGGAUAUACCUCAUUAGUUGGCUCAGCAUGUUUGGGCCACCUGUUGGCCUUGAAAUUCCACUGUAUUAUUUUGCAGAGCAGAACACAAGGAAUGGUUGUGUGAGGUGAAAACAGUUGGCUCCAUCUCAGAUGUGGUCAGAUCUGUGUAUGCUGAAGGUCCAGGUGUUAGUGUCUAGUGAACCCACAAGUGCUGCAGUAUAUCAGGGAGCCUACACAUAUGUGCUAGCUUUGGAGUGAACUUUUUUACAUUAAUAUCAUACGUGAUUUAACUGCGAGAUAUAUUGUUCUCCUUUGCCAUCUAUCCUAUGGAACCAUUCUUUUGUCUACUCACAUGUUAUCCUGUUUUUGGUAAUAAACAGUUAUGUCACAG